AUGACGUCUAACUGUUGGCGGUGUUGCAACAUGCUACGAAUAAUGUAGUUUUACUAAAAUGGCUAAUUCACUUUGUCGUUGUGGUUAAUCGGCGGAUUUUGCAUGUCGCUCAUAACAGACUGGGCUAGCUGUAAAAUGAUGUUGUUGACACGUUCUAUUUUGUGAAUAUGAGUCGCUUGUUACCUAUCUUAUCGUAGCUCAGUUGCAUUGCGACAGCGAUGUGCCAGAACGGAGGCAAUUUUGCGAGUCACAUAUUUUGCUCUUCGCAAGGUUGAGCGCGUUUUGGUUCAUUUGUUAUUCGCCGAGGUAAAGACCUUUUCUUCGAGUAGGUUUUCCUCGAAUGUUGAGGUAACUGCGAGGCAUUCGCAACAUGUUGAACAUUCCAACUCAGUCGUUCCCUUCGCCGAGCUCCCAGCAGCGGGUCGCCCGGCCCGGCCAGUCGGGGAGGGCCAAGGUUGCCUUGAAACCAGGCCACAGUCUCAUGGACUGGAUUCGCUUCUCCAAAAGUGGAAAAGAUCUAACCGGGUUGAGGGGGCGUCGGAUUGAAGUUACCCAAGAGGAAUUGCAGAAACACAACACCAGGAAUGACUGCUGGACUUGUAUACGAGGUAUGGUGUAUAAUGUCACUCCCUAUAUGGACUACCACCCUGGUGGAGAAGAUGAGCUGAUGAAAGCAGCAGGCAUAGAUGGCACUGACCUCUUCGAUCAGGUCCAUCGGUGGGUAAACUAUGAGUCCAUGUUGAAAGAGUGUCUGGUGGGCAGGAUGGCAACGAAGCCCACCACAGCAAUGAAAGCAAUUAAGCCACCACCUCUACCAGUCUUCACCACCUCUAACCAAGUGUCUCCUCUUUCCGUCAAAGACUCUCGACCUCGGUACGACUGGUUCCAAACUGCAACAACAGUACAUCUGGUUAUUUAUGCCCAAAGGAAGAUACCCAACACAGGAUGUGCCGUUGUUGAUCUUGAGGCUGGCGUACUACGAGUCGAAGUCCUGCUUGGAAAAAUGUCGUACAUGGUACAUUUACGUCUUUCAGAAAAUGUUGAUGAAGACAUUGCUGUUCACACUGCAUUCUCUGUGGGAAAGAUCCAAGUGACCAUCCACAAGCAGGCAGAAGGAAACUGGUCGAGCUUCGGUCAGCCUUUGGAAUUCCACCAUACAUUUUUAAGCAAAAAAGACAGAGCUCUUUUCUUUCGGGAUUGUGUGUUGGUGUCGAAGACUGAGGUGAACCAUAACACAUGCGUCUUUCAAUUACAACUUCCACGUGGGACCAUCAUGCAUGUGCCUGUUGGGAGACACAUCUACCUCAAAUCCCUCGUUCAAGACAUAGAGGUGGUGCGACCAUACACCCCAGUCGACCAGAGUCUUUCAAUUGGGCCCAAUCCCUCAGAAAAAACAAACCUUUACCUCAUGAUUAAGGUUUAUCCUGAUGGAGUACUGACUCAACAUCUCAACAGCCUAUACAUAGGUGACCAUGUAUCUGUUAGUGGUCCUGAGGGUACAUUCAGUCUUCGCCCCCUUCGUGAUACCGCAGUUCUCUACCUUUUAGCAGCAGGCACAGGCUUCACUCCAAUGUGUCGUCUCAUUCAACUGGCCCUACAGGAGAUAACCACUAUCAGGAAAACCCAAUUGCUGUUUUUUAACCGACGGGAAGAGGACAUUGUGUGGCGAAGGGAGCUGGAUGAACUAACUGCUAAUGAUGAAAGGUUCCAGGUGGAGCACAUCCUCUCGGAGCCGUGUGAUAACUGGACCGGCAGGAAGGGCCGCGUGGACGAUGCAGUAAUCAAGGAUUUUCUCAGUAGGCCGGACGGGUCAAAGUGCUAUGUUUGUGUAUGUGGCCCCCCUCUCUUUACAGAGCAGACAAUCAGGCUGGUGAAGCACCAGGGCUUCAGUGAAGAGGAGUUCCAUGUCUUCCAGGGCUGAUGUGCUCUGCUGCAAAACUACAGACUGUGUGUCCCUUGGAGUGGCAAUCAGACUUAAUUUAUACGUACAUGAUCAUAUGUGUGAGAAGAGAACAUUCUAUGCACCAAGAACGUGGUGAUAUCAACUCAUUCACUGCCAGUCGUUUUCACAGCAACCAACUACCGUAUUUUCACGACCAUAAGGUGCACUGUAUUAAAAGGCGCAGUCUCCGUUACGGGGUCUAUUUCUGGAUUUAACACAUACAUAAGGCGCACCGUAUUAUUGGGCUCAGGCAUGGUAAAACAUACGCUAGCUUAAAACGUACGGUAGCAGUCAUGCACGCUAAAACAAUGUUUUUAAAAUGGCAGCGGGAGCAAAACUGACUUCGGUUGUACUUUAUUAAAGUAUUUAACAAUGUACUCAUGUUAUUUUUUGAUCAAUCCUCAUCCACAAAUCUAUCAAAGUCUUCAUCUUCUGUAUCCGAAAUGAACCGCUGGGCCAAUUCUCAAUCAAACACGCCAGGUUCGCAGAACUGAUGCCAGCUUUUACGAAAGCGCGAACAACAGUGCAAGCAGGCGCGUUAGCCCAAGCAUCCACAAUCCUUUCACAAAUUGCGGCGUAACUCGCCUGGCGCUGCCUCGUAGUCUUAGUAAAACUGUGUUCGCCAUCUGUCAUCCAUUGCUCCCACGCCGGUCACUUCACUUUGAACGCCUUGUUUACACCGAUGUCCAGCGGUUCGUCAAGCCUCCCGGAAUGAUGGCAAGCCCCGAGUUAUUGCACUCAGUCGAAUGGUGACUUGACAACACUUCUCCCGGCUGUUCUUUGCUCUUUAAUCCAUUGCUCGAGUUGGUCUACCAACUCGGGCCACCUCGCCUUGUUUCCGCGUUUUGUUUUUCUUUUUUUUCCGCGGAAACUCAGCUUCGUCUUCUUGACUUGGCGAAGCUCGUUUUCCUGCUUCCUCCACUUGUGAACCAAGGAUUCGUUGAUCUUGAAUUCUCUCGCGGCAGUCCGAUUCCCAUGUUCCUCCGCGUAACUGAUAGCUUGUAGUUUAAACUGUGCUUCGUAAGCGUGUCUGUUUUCGGGGGUCUUUAGCCAAACCGAUGUUGUUUUGCACAAUGCACACCCCGGCACUAUAUACCUACUGGGGGCGUUGCUUUAGCGUCAUCCUUCUCCCUUUACGUCCGCGUGCUGUCCUCAGCCACGUCCGCUUCAGCUCUGUAUAAGCAGCGUGUCGGCAGGAAAUGCUAAAAAAAAAAAAAAAAAAAAGUCGGAGCGCUUAUCACACAACAACAUUUAUAGAUGUUGGAACUCGGUGCACACAUAAGGCCCCAUUAUAAGGCGCCCUGCCCAUUUUGGAGAAAAUGUAAGACUUUGUAUGAAACUCUGCGUACUCGUGAAUCCAAGCACAUUUCACAAAUGAGCGCACAUGCUGGAGUAGCCAACUCCUCCCUGUCCAAGCCCACAUUUGAAUUUGCAAAUCGUAUUUAAAUGAACCCUGUUAAGUGCGCCUUAUGGUCGUAAAAAUACGGUACAUAUUGCCAGUCGUUUUAGAACAUUUUGACUGAUUUUACAAGACCCAAAGAGUAUUGUGUUCUCUGAUUUUCUAGAUAUCAUAUCUACCAAAAGAAAGAAUGCUCUCGUCUUUCACCAGGGAAGUUUGAUACUACCAUUUUCUGUUUUUUAGCAAUCAGCAGUAGAGCUUAGUUUGGUUUCACCAAAUAGAGCUAUUUCUCCCAAAUAGCAGUGAAAACUAGGUUUUUUUAAAAAAAUACUAUAUAAAGGAUAAGCGGUAGAAAAUGGAUGGAUGGACUAUAUAAAGCAGAACACUGACUGAUGCUAAAUCUCUAGCUUUACUGACUAACAUCUGAACAGUGAAUUCCUUCUGUAAAACAGCAAAAACAACAUUUAGGAAUGGCAUUUGAUCGCAAAAUAAUAAUGUAUUUACCGAUAUACAUCGCGCCAUGAGCAAUGUCAGUCAUGGGUAGGGAUGGGUACCUUUCACAUUAAAACCGAUACAUUCCCGGUUCCGCGCAAUCGAUGCCUGUACGAAUUUUCUGUACUUUUGUGUGUUGAGUGGAUGGGGAAAAUGUCAAAUCAACAUUUUUUAAUCCAACAUUUACAGUGAAACCUCAAUCGAACAUACUCAUAUGGGCGGGGGUGCGUCCGAUAUCCCCGAUUGUAUUUACAUAAAAGUGUUUUUUUUGUUUUUUUGGUUUUUUUAGGCCAUAUGCUUCCUAUUACUGUACAGUACAAAAUUAUUGUUUUGUAGGUUUAGGUAAUGAAAAAAAAUAUAAAACAAGCUUGAAAAUUUUAUUAUAGGCGAGUUGCUUUCAUGAGCCGCGAGCAAUUAGUGUGCUUCCUAGUUCGAAAUCUGUUGCCUAAGGCGAAUGGAUUGACAAAAAAAUUUAC